GUCAGCCUGCAAUUUAUGACCGUGCGCGUGUGAUUGCGAGUUAACAUCCGCUUUCCGUGCGCACGCGGAGUGAACGCCUGCUCCGCUCUGCUCCUCUACACGGAUACAUGGCGCGUGUUAAGAGUGGCAUGUAUUCUAAUGCUUUCUGACGUGCCUUCUUUUCCCAGAGCCCAAUGCGCCGCUCCAGCACCCCGUUUUAUAACAGCACCGAGCUCCGGGAGGUGAUACGGAGUUAUUUCGUGCAAAUGGACCGUCCAGCCGAGAGGGAGACCCCGCUCUGAAGCCGUGCAUGCGUCGAGGUAUGCGCUAAACGGGCACCCAUGGCGGAACUGGGGGAGAACGGUAGGAUUUCUCCGGGCGAUGGUGUUGGGGAUACGGCCGUGGCGAGCGAAGAGGGAGGCGGCAGGAGGCAGAUCCAGGCGCCGCUGGUGAACGGAGACUGCGGGAUAACCGAGAACACAGUGGCGGAGGGUGCCAACGGCAGCGGGGAUGCCAAAGCCGAGCUGCCGCGGAGGAGCAGCAUUAUUAAGGAUGGUUCCAGGCAACGCAAAGAACGUAAGAAGACAGUGUCAUUCAGCAGCAUGCCCACGGAGAAGAAGAUCAGCAGUGCCAGUGACUGCCUCAGUGCCAUGGUGGAGGGCACGGAGCUCAAGAAGGUCCGAUCCAACUCCCGGGUCUACCACCGAUAUUUCCUCCUAGACGCAGACAUGCAGUCACUCAGAUGGGAGCCCUCCAAGAAGGAAUCGGACAAGGCCAAAAUCGACGUGAAAUCCAUCAAAGAAGUACGGACUGGGAAAAAUACAGACACCUUUAGAACCAACGGAACAUACGAACAGAUCUCAGAGGACUGCGCUUUUUCCAUAAUCUUCGGGGACAAUUAUGAGUCAUUGGAUUUGGUGGCUAACACUGCGGAUGUCGCUAACAUAUGGGUAACCGGAUUGAGGUAUUUGAUAUCUUACGGAAAGCAUUCGUUAAAUAUGAUUGAGAGCAGUCAGAACAAUAUGCGCUCAUCCUGGUUGAGCCAACUUUUUGAUAAAGCGGACAGUAGCAACAGCAAACAUAUUAGCAUAUGUACUGCGGUUCAGCUAAUCAAAGAGCUAAACCCUGGACUCAAAAAUGUCAAAACGGAAUUGAAAUUUAAGGAACUGCUCAAAGCAAAGGACAGAGUUGGUUCUGACGUGACGAGAGACGAGUUCAUCGAAGUUUACCACGAUUUGUGUACCAGGCCAGAGAUCUAUUUCCUAUUUGUACAGUUUUCUAGUAACAAGGAAUUUUUAGAUACCAAGGACUUGAUGAUAUUUCUCGAAGCGGAACAGGGUAUGCCGCAAGUUAGCGAAGAAACUAGCUUAGAGGUUAUCCACAAGUAUGAACCGUCAAAAGAGGGGCAAGUUAACAAUUGGCUUUCUUUGGACGGUUUCACCAACUACCUUAUGUCACCGGAGUGUCAUAUUUUUGAUCCCGAACAUAAAACAGUUUGCCAAGAUAUGAACCAACCUUUGUCCCAUUAUUUCAUCAAUUCAUCGCACAACACGUAUCUAAUAGAAGACCAAUUCAGGGGACCGUCGGAUGUUACGGGAUAUAUCCGCGCUUUGAAAAUGGGCUGCAGAAGCGUGGAAUUGGAUGUUUGGGACGGCCCAGACAAUGAACCGGUCAUUUACACUGGACAUACGAUGACAUCCCAGAUUGUUUUCCGGAAUGUUAUUGACGUCAUUAAUAAGUACGCAUUCGUAGCUUCAGAAUUCCCAUUAAUACUUUGUUUGGAAAACCAUUGUUCGUUAAAGCAGCAACGAGUUAUGUACCAGCAUUUGAAGAAGAUUCUUGGGGAUAAAAUGUAUUUAGAUUCGCCCAAACCGGAAGACCCCUACCUACCUUCCCCGGCAUUGCUAAAGGGGAAAAUUUUGUUGAAAGGUAAAAAAUUGAGUAUGAACUGCAUAGCGACAGAAGGAGAGGUAACGGACGAAGACGAAGGAGCCGAAAUGUCCCAACGUUUGAGUAUCGAGUCGACGGAACAACCACCCGCCAUUAUACACAAAAAAUUCCAGCUUUCCAAGGAUCUUUCUGAUUUGGUGACGAUGUGCCAGUCCGUGGAGUUUAAAGACUUCCCCACGUCUUUUCAGAGCCAGAAACCAUGGGAGUUGUGUUCUUUCAAUGAGGUCUUCGCCAGCCGAUGUGCCAACGACUUUCCAGGUGAUUUUGUCAACUACAACAAGAAGUUUUUAGCUCGCAUCUACCCCAGUCCGAUGAGAAUUGACUCCAGCAAUAUGAAUCCGCAAGAUUUCUGGAAGUGCGGGUGCCAAAUCGUAGCCAUGAACUACCAAACUCCAGGUCUCAUGAUGGAUCUGAACAUCGGUUGGUUUCGCCAGAACGGCAACUGUGGGUAUGUCCUCCGACCUGCUAUCAUGAGAGAGCAAGUGUCGUACUUUAGUGCCAACACCAAAGAUUCUGUGCCAGGGGUUUCUCCACAGCUCCUCCACAUUAAGAUCAUCAGUGGGCAGAACUUCCCCAAACCAAAAGGCUCGGGCGCUAAGGGAGACGUGGUGGACCCUUACGUCUACGUGGAGAUCCAUGGAAUCCCUGCCGACUGCGCCGAGCAACGAACCAGGACGGUGCACCAAAACGGCGACAACCCUUUAUUUGACGAGAGCUUCGAGUUCCAGAUAAACCUUCCGGAGUUAGCCAUGGUGCGUUUCGUGGUGCUGGAUGACGACUAUAUCGGGGACGAGUUUAUCGGGCAGUACACUAUACCGUUCGAAUGCCUGCAGCCCGGAUUUCGCCACGUGCCGUUGCAGUCGCUAACGGGGGAGAUGCUACCACACACGCAGUUGUUCGUCCACGUGGCGAUAACAAACCGGCGAGGAGGUGGGAAGCCGCACAAGAGGGGGCUGUCGGUGCGGAAGGGGAAGAAGAGCAGGGAGUACGCCAGCAUGAGAGUACUGCUCAUCAAGACCAUAGACGAUGUGUUCAAAACGGCCCUGCUGUCGCUGAGGGAGGCGACCGAUCUGCGGGAAAACAUGCAGAACGCCUUGGUCUCCUUCAAAGAGCUGUGUGGGCUGUCGGCGGUGGCUAACCUGAAGCAGUGCCUGUUAGCCCUGUGCCCGCGCCUCACCGGGCCCGACGGAACGCCCCUGCUCCUCUUCAACCUGUCGGACCAGUACCCCAGCCUGGAGCCUCAGGGCCUGCUGCCCGACGUGCUCCGGAAGGUGGUCAGCUCUUACGAAAUGAUGAUCCAGACCAGCAGGGCGGUGAUAGAGAGCGCAGAGGCAGUGUACGACAGAAUACUGCACAUACAGAAAACAGCCAUGCAGUUCCACGAGAACCUCCAUGAGCUGGCGGUGAAGGAGGGGCUGAAGGGACGCAAGCUGCACAAGGCUGUGGAGAGCUUCACCUGGAACAUCACCAUCCUCAAGGGCCAGGCAGACCUUCUGAAACAUGCCAAGAGUGAGGUCCAGGAGAACUUAAAGCAGAUCCACUACGCAGCUCUGACCUGCAGCCUGACCAAAGGACGACACGACGGAGGAGGCUCACAGUCCGGAGACAACAAGGGCCGUCGAAGUCUGGAGGCCAUUCCCGAGAAGGCAACUGCUGAGGAGGAACUGAGUGAUGAAGACCUAUCAGCCUACUGAACCCCGGAGGACAUCUGAGCUAGCACAUGGUCUGAACCUUCUUUUGGAGAUGACAUAAGUGAGGAAGAGCUUUUAACCAGCCUACACUACCAGUCAAAAGUUUGGACACACUUUGUUUCUUUAUUACUUACAUUGUAGAUCCUCACUGAAGACAUCAAAACUGUGAAUGAGCUCAUAUGUAAGCGCAAAAUAACUCCAAACUUGUUUUAGAUAUUAGAUUUUUUUAAAUAGCCACCUUUAGCUCGUAUCAGACAAGGCACAGCUGUGAAGGUCAUUUCAUCAUGAAGCUCAUCGAGAGAAGGCCAAGGGUGUGCAGCGCUGUCGAUAAAGCAAAGUGUGGAUACUCUGAGGAUUUGAAUAGAAAAAAGUGUGUUUAGUAGUUGAUUAAAAAUAUUUAGAUUUAUUUUUUACCUUUUGCUACAUAAUUCCAUACAUCUUGCUUCAUAUAUUUGAUGUAUUCUGUAUUUAUCUGAAAAGUAGAAAGUAGCAAAUAUUUAAAAAAAUAUAUAAAUAAAUAAAAAAAUGAAUGAAAAGAUGUGUCCAAACUUUUAACUAGUGGUAGUGUAAGUGACAAAAUUGUUUGAUCCUUCUACAAUUAAGUCAGGGAAAGUCCUGGACCUUCUAGAGAUGGAAUGAUCAAUGAAAACCUCAAAACUUACUCAACCUUCUGGGGAACAUCUAAGUUGUGAACAUUCAGAAUAAAAGGUGAUGUUUGACUCUUCCCGUGGAGAUGCCCUAAAUGAGGAAGAUCUAUCAACCUUCUGAACCUUUUGAAGAAGAACCUCUGGAGCGAGGAAGAUCUUUGAACCUGCUGAAGCCGAUGGAGGAGGAGUGUGGACGACCUCUGAACCUGCUGUUGAAGAAUGGUCCUGCUCUAGUUUGACCUGGUCCCACAAACUCAAACUUAACUGCCUUCUGAUCAGAACAAAUAUCACAUCAUUCAAUUUCAUUUUUGUUUAAUCUUUUUCUUACAACACCUAUAAUGUUGUCUUAGGUUUUCGAUAACUAUCUAGAAGGAAACGUUUAACCGUGACACCUCAAAACCACAUUUGGAUUAGUGUUUGUUUCAUUUAUUCUAGCUAAGAACUCCUCUGUCUUUUAAAGAACACAUAUCAUGCAUUCUUGUAGCUUUAAUUCCCUUUUAAACUUGCUUUCGGUCACCCUGGGAUCAGUAUUUCACAUUUUCCAACUUAAAAUAAUGUCUACGUUGGACGUUUCCAGUGAGGUAUUUAGGUGCUGGAGCUCCCUCUACUGUCAACAGUGGGAAUGAACAAUCAGGAAAUAAACAAAUCCUGUGACAAUUUGACCGCAGAACAAUUUGCACGAGUUUAUGGACUUAAAAACUGUAUACAAGAAGUCUGGAGUUUUACCUAUGACGCCAUAAAACUGGCAAAAUACAAACAAGAUGGAUCGUAAUAGAAAAUUUCGAAGCAUGAUAUACUGCUACAGAAAUAUAAUGAUAAAUGAUAAUAUUGAAACUACUAAACUGCCAAAAAAACCUCCCCAUUAUUGCAAAGAAAAUUAAUCAAAACUAUAACUUCAGGUACGUUUUGAUGAGGGGACAACAGCAUGACAUGGUUAAAAACUAUAAAUAAAAAGUACAUUUUGUGUAAUAUGUGUUCUAAGUGUACAACUUCUGAUUCAUUCCAGUGCAUAUUUGUUAAGUUUUGUCAAGUUUUUGUUGUCCUGAAUGAGUUCUUUGAAUGUAACACACCACACUGGACAGAAUUUGAUGCUUUCCCCCAGUUUAAAUCACCCAGAGCUUUGUUCCACCUGUCAUGAAUUAGAACGGAAAAAGAAAAAGACAUUUGCUACAUUCAGACAGCUUAAAUCUCUGUGUUUAAUGCAAAGUCAACAUACUUGUCUUGAGUUUACGACGGCACAAACCAGAGCCAGCUGCUGUGUAGAGUAAAAAUAGCACUGAUUGGAUUUACGUCUGUUUGUCAUAAGAACAAAGAGAUGAAACAUUGCCAUAAAAAAAUGAUGGCUGUUAUCUGUUUUGGGUAUUAUUUUGAUAAAUUUUUGCUGAAAUUAUUUUAAAACUACUUUCAGUAUAAAAAAAAACUGUUAAUUGUUUUUUUUUGCUUCACAUUCACAUCCAGCUCCAAUGCAGCUACUGUUUUAGCCUCAUUUAAACUGCUUCUUACUCAUUGUCAGAAAGGGCCACAGACACAAAUGUAACUUGAUUAUUGCUAUGAAAAUGUUUAACAGAAUGUGUACAGACCACAGACGAGAUGAAUCGAGAAUAAAGAGGAUUUUAAGAGGUAAACUGAACUAGGUAAGGUCUAAAAUAGGAACUAAUCAAGAUUCAAACUCGUCUUUAGAGCGGGAUUAAACCGAGACUAGAACCAGAUUCAAAACAGAACUAAAGCAUAAUUAAUAAAGCAACUGUAUGUAAGGUUUAGAUUUAAAGUCCUUAAUCAGACAUGAUCUGUGUCUCCACAUGGAAUACAGUUUAAAAUAACAAUUUUAAUGUUGAUUUAUUCUUAAUAACAAAAACAUUGGACGUGAUGGACAAGUUGAUAUUUGAUGUUUGUGUUAUUUGAUAUUUAGAUGUUUUGUGUUGCCAGUUUUAAUGCUGAAAUCCAGUUGGUUUAGACCUAAAAUGCCUCUCUCUGAUCUGAAUGGUCACUACCUAAAUUCCAGCACCUGCAGACAAUUAUGAAUCAGUGCUAGUGCAGCCUCUGCAGCUCAGUGAGUGAAUUCUGGAGGUUCUUUCACAUGAGGCCCGUCCAUAAACUGAGAAUGAGACAAACGUGUGUGUGUCUUUAUCUGCAGGUUAAGGCUCUAGACACACAUGUUCAGUUGGGAUUGUAGCACCUUUGUUAAAACUGUAAGAGCACAGGCUAAAUACAGUUCAUAUAAACCAGAUUAAAAAAUGAUUACAAAUUUCUCAAAAAUAAAUAAUGAUUAGUUUAGAAAUACAUGGUUCAUAUUUUAUUUUAUGUGCAAAUGUAUUUAAUGCUUUGAUCAGCUGGUGUGGAGCAAAAAUAAUGACACACUCUAUACGCCGAGCUUUAAGAGAAGUUUUAAUGCUUUUUAUUACAAAACUCAUUAUGAUCAGCAUCAAAUCAAUAUUGUGUUGUGUUGCCAUAGCAUUACUUGGCAUCUGAUCAAAACAAAAAUCACUUGUCCCCCAGUUUAUCUGUGCAAGUCAGGGCAAAAAUAAGACUAAACCAGGUUUGAAACAGAACUAAACCAGGACUAAGCAGACUGUCCACUCUUCAUGGGGGACCUUACAUGGCUCUGGAGCAGGACCAAGGCUGGACUGUCAUAAGAGAUUUCUCCAAAGCACAAUUAUCUUUCGUAUUGUUGAAGAUGAGAGCUUGAAUGUAUCUAGAUGCAGUUUUACAGGCGUGUGGCGUGUACAGAGAGGAUAGGAGCUGUAAAAAGUGGUAUAUAUUCUGUUUUCAGAGCAGUGCAUCUUUUUGGUAUUGUAAUCUUGAAAAUGAGAAAUGUUUUAUGAAUUUUAUGUCUGUGCAAAAACUAAAAGAAAUUCCCUGA